AUGGCCAACAGCACUCUUCACCACAGCUCCAACCACCAGACCAACACCGCGGAUGAGCUAACGGGUCACGAGCACAGUCCGCUGCCCAGUCCCUCUGUCGCGCCUUCUCCAGCACAUCAUCCAUUCAGCUUUCCCACCCUGAACAUUGACGGCUCACUCGACGACCUGCCGUCUCCACAGCAUCAUCAUCCAAGAAGAUAUCCGCCAACACCUCCAGCCGCCCUGAGCUCCCUGGGAGCAAAGGCCAGCAUGGUUCAACGGAGCGAGUCGGAGGCUUCCUUCGCCGACAGCCAAUACGACAUGGUCGACGACCUCUCCGAGAUCUCGACAGACGACCAUGACACCGCCAGCCUGGCCUCGAAUGACGAUACUGGCCGUGGAACACCAGAAGGAAGCGACAUCGAGGACGAGGACGAUCACGAGGAGGUUACUUUCAACAACUUACAAACACCGUCGAGCACCGAAGCGUCGUUCAUCAACAUCGCCGCGGCAUCUUCGCAGAAUGCUUCACCACAAGUCAAGGCUGAGAACGCACUGCUCGACAGUUACAUGUCGGAGGACCUGGAAACACCACGUCAAUCUACUAUGCCAGCUGCGUUCUCAAGCACAUACAUGCGGGCGAGAUCACAGGCCAAGAUCACUACCAAUCUUGAGCCAGAUGCUGCUACCAACCGCAUACUCCUGUUCUCAGGCCGUGACGUCGCUUCGGAAGAUUUGGACUUUGUCUGUGCCAAGUUGGCGGACUGCAUGACGUCCGGGAACGAGUCGUUCCCAGGCAAUGUAAGGCCCAAGCUCGUUCGACUGCCCGCUACUCCAUCUGGCAUUACCCUGCCCUCCGCAACUGUCGUCUGUGGUGAUGAUAGAAUCGCCGCCACUAUUCAGCACUGUAUCGGGGCCGAGCAACGCUCACAGAAGUCCUACAAGCUUCGGAUUCUGGACUCAGACGGCGAACAUAGCUCUUUCCACACCACUGGCGACGCUAAAGAUGCUAAGAUCAACUUGACGAAGCCCGACGUCGCCGUCUUCUUCCUCGACGCUGCGGCGAACGAUGCCGAGUGGCUGGAUACUGCUUACAAGGCUGUUCAACAACUUAAGGUACCCACACUCAUUGUUGAUGACGACUCAUUUGACCUUGCAAAUCGUCGCUCUGCAAGUCAGCUACUCGGUCGAGGCUCUCAGACCAAGCGUACGAUCGAUCAUCACGACUUGAUCGAGAUGACGAAGGUCGAGCUGAGUGACAUCGUUCUUGGCUUGCUAAGCCGUCGUCCGCCGCAGCACUUGCCACUGAGGUCAAGAGUCCUAGUCAACAGAGCCAAGUUCAGCAUCUAUGAUAUGAACUGGCUGAAGGUACUCUUCGCAGCACUCGUCGCCGUGCUGCCUCUCCUGCUUCUGAGCUUGAGACCAGCUACUUCUCCCGGGAUGGCGCUCGAAGUUCGCCGUGAGGCACUCUCUAUGGCUGUCCAGAAAGCCAUCAUUCCCUCAGAGGCAGCGAAGACUGUCAAUGUCGAGCACUUGCUCCCAUCGCUGACAGGACCCUGCGCCACAACAGACUUCUUCGGUCGUAUCAGUCCAGACUGCGUUCCCAACGUCCCCUUCCAGGGCAUCUCGCCGAACCACAUCAUUGUGUCGCUUCCAGUAAAGCCCCGAGCUCCUCACCUCACGUCUACUAGCGUCUACCGGGCAGAUGGUAAGCUAGUCGAAUUCAACCAGACCAAGCUCAUCGACGGCGUCUACGAUAUCACCUUCAACGUUGACGAAGCUUAUGGUACUAUCGUGGUCAACAUGCAGACUCAGAGGCCAGACAUCAACAUCACCGCGCCACACUACUUCGGCAACAGAAUCUUGCAGCGUCAGACGUACGAAAAGGCCGGUACUGAUGUUGGCAAGGCUGUCGGCAAAGACGUUGCCGUCAUGAGGGACGUAGCUAAGAGCCUGACCGAGAAGCUCACAACAGAGCUUGGCGCAACUAUGUGGGCCACAAAGAACGUCACUACUCAACUCGCACUGUACAUGGCUCGUGAUCUUCAAGUGGUUGGCAACACUGCCGUGACUGUCUUUGACAAGGCUGUCAAGGCCAGCAAUCAGACCGCGAUGGCCAUCACCAAGGACUUUGUGUUGCUUCAGCGAGAUCUUGCCAAGUUUACCAAAGACCUCACGACGACCGUUAAGGGCGGGGUGCAGUCUGCUAAGGCGAGACUUCGCUCACGUACUGAGCUGUCCCGUGAUCGUCUUCAGGGUAUCAAACAAGCACUUGAGCGACGUCAGGAGGGUGGUCGGUCGAUUGGCAAAGACCUUUCCAAGCUCUCUGACCGACUCCGUGGAGCGAAGAAAGCCAGCGAUCGUGAGACUGAGACUAGGAAAGAGUCGAGGGCGAUGAAGAAAGAGGUGAAGGACGAGAUGAAAAGGGUGGAGACAGUGAUAAUGGGGGCGAAGCAGGCGGCGAAGAAGGGGGCACGAGAGCAGAAGAAGAUGCGUGCUGCAAAAACUGGCGUUCGGGCGGCAUAA